AUGUCAGACGAACACCACAAGUCUGAACUAAUCUCACUCGUUGAAGAACUAAUGGCAGAUAUUGAUUCCAAACCAUUACAUCCAAAAAAUAAAAUCCUCCUCUACAGUCGAUAUCUUCUGUCUAAAUUAUCCUGGCAUUUUACAGUUUCUAGAGUAUCGAAAACGUGGGUCACCGAAAACAUUGAUUCCAAAGUCAACAGUUAUAUCCGUAAAUGGCUUGAUAUACCUAUAUCUGGAACGCCAAGCACUGUUUUCCUAACCCGCAACAAGUUUGGCCUCAGUAUUUGUCCCCCAUCUGUCAAAUUUAUUCAAUGUCAAACUGUUCUCCGUAAAGCCCUAAAAACAUCCCCAAACGAAGCAAUUAACGAUCUUUGGAAAGCAACUAGCAACAGCAAAAAUAUUCAGUAUGACGUUUAUAACUCCACUAAGCAAGUUCUCAAGGACUUUCGCUCUGGCCAAGAGGAUAAACUGCAUACUCAAUUAACCUGUCAGGGCUCUUUCUUCACUAAUAUAACAAAUUUCUCACUGUCCCAACUCACUAAAAUUUGGUCUGCGUGCCAAUCGAACCUUCCGAAAAAUAUAUUCAACUUUACAGUUCGAUACAUCAAUAACUCCCUUCCAACGCGCCAAAACCUUGCAAGAUGGGGUUUAUCACCGACUUCAGACUGUUCGCGAUGUCUAGCUCCUGAAACACUUCUGCACGUAGUAGCUGGUUGCCAAUCGUAUCUAGAACGAUUCACGUGGAGACAUGACUCCGUUCUAAACUUUCUCGCAACAAGCCUGCAGACCGUAAGCGGCUCACAUCUUUACGUGGAUCUCCCAGGGUACAACAGUCCAUCAAUCAUCACUGGUGACACCUACCGUCCAGAUUUGCUUCUUUCAACCUCAACCGGAACACUCUACAUUGUUGAACUUACAGUUGGCUUCGAAUCAAAUCCUCAAUAA